UUCACUGACUAUACAACCAAACUCCGGGAACCAAACCACACUGGUAACAAUGCCCCAACAACAACCAGUAAGGUUAUUUGGGCGUCAAAGGUCGGUACAUGCCAUUCUUGGAGGAGGAAAAGUUGCGGAUAUCUUAUUAUGGAAUAACAAAACAGUUGCGGCCUGGCUUUUGAUAGGGAUGACAUUGUUAUGGUUUAUUUUUGAGGUUAUGGGGUAUACUUUGGUGACUCUCUUGUGUCACAUUUGUAUAGCCACAUUGCCUGUAGUAUUCAUUUGGUGCAGGAUUCUAAUGUAUAUCGGUCACCGGAGUUUUCUCGCUGAAACUAUAGUAAGUGAAUCAACAUUAAGAGAAGUUGUUUCGUCCUUGUCUACAACUUUAAAUCAAGCUGCUUCAACCUUCUGCCAGACAUUAAAUAAGGUAUUAAUGGAGCUUAUCAACCUCGCAUAUGGAAAAGAUCAAGUCCAAUUCAUUGUGGUAUGCUUGGUUAUUGGAACUAGUCCGAUGCUCAUAUUUCUGGGAAUUGUUUGUCUCUACAUAUUGUCCCUAAUUGGAAAUCAUUUCAGCUUUUUAAAUCUCCUUUAUUUCGGUUUACUCUGCUCAGAAACGUUGCCGUUUUUGUAUGAUCGAUAUGAGGACUCUGUUGAUUAUUUUGCUGACAAAGGGAUCCAUGGAUUGAAGAAAUUGUUCAUAAAAAUGUUGGAUCUUAAGAAGGCAUUAUCACGAGUGCCCAUGACGAAAAAUGACUAAUAAAGAGAUAAAAAUUUAAUAUAUGCAAAUGUAUCCAACAAACAAACUAUAAAUAUUUGUAUGCAUACUUUAUAAACUCAAUUUGCAAUCACAAUUGUAUAGACCUUUUUCGUAUUUUACACUAAAUAGAUAUUUUUGUCUUUA